AUGCGCCUACCACAAGCUGGCUUACGCGAGGCCAGCUCAGCGACGACCAACUCUCGCUCGGGCAUCAUGGCGCCAGGCACAAUCGCAAACAAGGCCAUGAGCAUGUCACGUAUGGAAAUCCCUGGACCCAUUGCCCAACAGGAACUGACACCCCCCGAAGCAACCCGCCCAAAAACCGCCAAUCUGGAAACCAAGAGACCAGGCUCUGUCACCCGACAACCUACUAUGACAACCAGAGCGCACAGCCGCGGCAAUUCGUAUGCUUCUUCAACAAUGUCCCGGUCGACAACACCUGCAUCCCGUGCUGGUCCCUUCUCAGCAACCGUGGGCCCUGGGACACGCCCAGCAUCGGCGAUGGCGCGGCCUCAAUCAUCCUUUAACGGCCGGAGACCCGUUGGCGCAUCGAUUCCGCGCGCCGCUAGCGCCUUGGAUACCCAUAUGGAGGAGACCUCUCCUAGUGUGUUAGGAAAACGAAAGGGUAUGCUUCAAAUUUCUUCAUCUCCUAGUCGAAUUCCGUCUUGCCCCGUUGGAAGCCUCCCCCAAGGAUUGGAACAUGGAGUCAGUCAACUGGCAAAGCUAUCUCUCUCGAAAGAGCCUGUCCCUUCUCUGAACCCUUUAAAUCCAAUAAGUACCCCUGAGUUGCCCCACACCCCGUUUUGCCGUGACCACAGCGGUAUCCCAAGGCCACCCGAGCUCAAGAUUUGUGCAUCGUCCGCUUCACUCUGUGCAACCUCCGUGGCUCCCUCCAGAACCCCAUCCACAUCCCCCAGGCGCAUAACCAAGAAUUCCCAACUUCCCCUGUUUUUGACCAAAGGAUCAUCGAUCAGAAGUUUUGACCAUGUUACAGGCCCGGAAUGGGAUCAGGAAUCCCGCGAAAAGAAAAUGGAUACGUUGAUGGAGCAGUUCAUGGAGAAAAUGAACCAACAAGGUCAAGCAAGCUCCGGUCUCAAAGAAACCCUGGAUGUGUACAAAAAAAGAGUCGACGACCUCGAGAUCUCUCGCGAUGAACUGAAAGAAACAAACCUUAUCCAGCGCGAGCAGUUGAACUCAUUACGAAACCAGUUCUCUGAGGCAGAGCGCGCGCUCAAAGAAGCGAAGCGAGACCAAGAGAUCGCCAUAGACGACCUCGUGCAACGCCAGCGUAUUGAACUUGACUCAUUGCAGCAACACAGUCAGCGAGAAGUGGCAACCAUUAAUUGUCGGCACCAGGACGAACUUCGUGAACUUCGGCGGAACUUUGACCGAGAAAUUGAAGACGAGAAGGCAGCCCGAGUACGAGCUCUCGGUCAGCUCACUUCGCAAUCUGCUCUCGACACUCAGAAGUCGCAAAUUGAACUGGAGCGCAAAGACCGCGAACUUGCAACUUUACGUGAUGAGCUACACACACUCAAAGGAGAUUUCGACCGAGAACGCAAAACAGUCCAAAAGCUCAAACAAAACCUAGAGACAGUAAGCAGCAAUGGUGUCACAUUGGAGUCUUCUAUUCGAGCCCUCAAGGCACACAUUGAGUUCCUCGAGAGCGGACGCGAGGAGCAAUCGAAAUCCUUUGAGCGGUGCAACAAGCAGAUGGAAGAUGCAUUUGCUGAGACAGAGGCAAUCAAAGAGAAGCUGCGGAGGGAGGAAACACUUCGCCGCAAGUUGCACAAUCAAGUGCAGGAGCUAAAAGGCAAUAUCCGUGUGUUCUGUCGGGUUCGCCCCUCUCUCAGAAGUGAACCUUCCUCCGACCUCGCUCUCAUGCAAUAUCCCGAUGAAACAGAUGACGCAAAGGAGAUCAACAUCAUCGGUCCUGAAGAAAAGGGCAGUCUUGGAGGCGUCACCCGAAAGAACAAUACUUUCUCGUUUGACCGCGUCUUCAACCCAACUACUCAAAAUGCUGAGGUUUUUGACGAGAUUAGCCAGCUUGUUCAGAGUGCGCUGGAUGGAUAUAAUGUUUGCAUUUUCUGUUAUGGCCAGACUGGUAGUGGCAAGACCCACACGAUGUCAUCCGUCGAUGGUAUGAUCCCCCGGGCUGUUCAGCAAAUCUACGAAACUGCGCAGCGUCUCGAAGAGAAAGGCUGGCGGUACACCAUGGCUGGCAACUUUGUCGAAGUCUACAAUGAAAACCUUAAUGAUCUCCUGGGUAACCCCGAUGAGUUGGACAAAAAGAAGCAUGAGAUCCGCCACGACAUGCAGCGAGGCAAGACGACCAUCACAGACAUAACGACAGUGAUUUUGGAUUCCCCACAGAUGGUUAAAUCACUUCUCAAGAAUGCAGAUGCCAACCGCUCAGUGGCGGCGACCAAAGCCAAUGAACGCUCUUCACGUUCCCACUCUGUAUUUAUACUCAAAUUGUCCGGCGAGAACCACAUCACCGGUGAACGAAGUGAAGGCACACUCAACUUGGUCGACUUGGCAGGAAGCGAGCGUUUGAGCCACAGUGGAGCCACAGGCGAGCGUCUGAAAGAAACACAGAACAUCAAUCGCAGUCUUAGUUCCUUGGGUGAUGUGAUUUCAGCUCUUGGCCAAGGGAAAGAGGGUGGUCACAUCCCAUACCGGAACAGCAAGCUCACUUACCUUCUCCAAUUCUCACUGGGUGGCAACUCCAAGACCCUCAUGUUUGUCAUGGUCAGCCCACUCCAGGCGCACAUGUCAGAGACCUUGACCAGCUUGAAGUUUGCCACCAAAGUACACAACACUCACAUUGGCACCGCAAAGCGACAGGCACGUGUUCGUGACACUUGA